UUAUUACUUAAAUGAUUUGAUGCUCUAAUUGGCAAUUGCAACUUCAAUUUCAAAUAACACUAAUUAGCUGAUUUCAUUUCUAAUGGCUUUCGGGCAUUUGGUGUCAAUUCCCAGAUCAACUUCUUCCAUCGCCACUGUUGGUUCUUAUGGAACAAGAGCUUUAUGGCAGAGUAACAGGAAUGUCACAAAAGAGCAGAGUAUCAAGACAUGUUUGCAGCACAAUAUUUCAAAGCUCCAUUAUAAAGGCAUUGAAGGAGGAUCUACAACUCAUCAUAAAAUUCACAAAACAUCGUUAAUAAAUGCAAGAUCUUCUGCACAAUCACAUGAAUCUGAACCACAAGCUCAUGAAAAAUCACAAAACGACCCUCUAGAGUCUAUUAAAAGGGCACUGCUUAUUUUUCUCAAGUUUAGUAGACUUUAUGUAUUUUUUGGCAUGAUGAUACCAGCAGGACUUUCUUCGUCAUUUCUUGCUGUGGAUAAUUUUUCAGAAAUAUCUCCAAUAUUACUUGUUAAAGGAAUCUUACAGUAUAUGGUGCCUUUCUUCUUCACGUUUCAAUUUAUUGUGGGAGUGAAUCAAGUAUGUGACAUUGAAAUAGACAUGAUUAAUAAACCAGAUCUUCCUUUGGCAACUGGAGAAUAUUCCUUCACAUUUGGAGUUAUACUUGUGGCAUCAUUCCUACUUACGAGUCUUGGACUUGCAUGGAUGGUAGGAUCAAAGCCAUUAAUUUGGAGUAUUAUUGUUGCUGCAGGCCUAAUGGCUGUAUAUUCAAUUAAUUUGCCUUUAUUAAGAUGGAAGAGAUCUGCAAUUCUCUCACUACUAUCUAAUGCAAUGUCUAUGAUGGCAUCAUUUCAUAUAGGACCUUUUCUGCACAUGAAGACCUUUGUGUUCAAAAAGGCAGCAACAUUUCCAAGAUCUAUGCUUCUUAGUUGUUUCGUCGUAGGUUGUCUCUACACAGUAAUAUCAAUAUCAAAGGAUUUAGCGGAUGUUGAAGGAGACAAGGCAGCAGGCUUGAAAACUUUGGCAAUACUCUUGGGUGUUAAGAAGGUAUUCUGGUUAUGUAUAUCACUUAUUCAAAUGGCUUAUGGAAUUGCUAUUACAAUGGGAGCAUUAUCUCCUGUUUUAUGGAGCAAAAUUGUUACGGUUCUGACACAUGUCAUCAUGGUUUUAUACGUUUGGAAUCACGCUGUUAAUUCAGUAGAUUUAUCAAGCAAAGAUUCGUUACAAUCCUUUCAUAUGUUUAUGUUUAAGCUUGUAACUGUGGAAUGUGUCCUUGUACUAUUUGUUCGUUGAAGAAGUAGUGAGAUUGUGGAUUUAAUAAAUGGUGCAGCAUUUUCCAUACGUUUCAACUAGAUGAAUCUUCGUGCAAGUUUAUUAUAUAUAUUUGUUAAAGUAAAUUACUGUUUUGAGUGUUUCCGUGGUUGCUCUUACCGGCAGAAAUAAAAAUGUAUUGGUAUAAUAAAUAUAUGACUUAAUGAGAAACUGACAUGUGAAUUAUAUAAUUUAGGGUAAGCUACUCAAAUAAAAUGAUUACAAAUUUAUAUUAUCAUAUUACAACUUUUUCAAAUUCGAUCAAGACAUAAUUGUAACUUUUUACAUAUCUAUAUAUACUGCUAUUGAUACCAGUGGUUUUAAAGUCAACGUAAAUUGUUAUUGAUAAUUAAAGUUUACGUUUAAAAUAGUGCAGGCAGAAACCACUAUAAGCAGCAGCAGUUUUUAAUGGAUUGUGAUAAUGCAUAAAUUGUUAUAGGCAGUAACAGUUUA